UGUGUGUAAAGUGCGACAUGCAGGAGCGUCUGAUAAGCCCCGCCCUCAUCCCCCUGACCCCCCGCCUGGGUGUGAAGACGGAGAACAUUCGAGACUUCCUGCCAGUCGUUCAGGGCAAUCAAAGUCCAACUCCACAGAAACUGAGAGCAAUCAAGGUGCUGCACGCAGACGGAGUGUGUGAAAGUGUGUUGUACGGGCUGCCCCUGGUGGUCCGGCCCACCACCUGCUGGCAGCUGGACUGGGACGAGAUGGAGACCAACAACAGCUUGUUUCAAGCUCUCUGCCACACGCUCAGGUGUACUCUCACUACAUCCUCCAGUCAUCCCCGUCUCUCAGCCUCCUCCUGAAGCCCGUCGUGUCCAGAGAACUGCUGCUUCCCUGUUCACUGCCCCCCUCAGCUCAGGACCCUGCGCCUUCUGCCAUGCAGACUGUACAGGAUUGUCUCUCUGAGCUGGAGGAGGACUUUGUCCUGAACCCACUUUUAUUGAGCAGCAACCUGUACCAGCACCUCAGGAACAGAGGUCUGCUCGCUCAGCCUCGAUACCCGUACAGGCUCCAGUCAGCAGCUGCCAACAGAGAGCAGCCUCAGACUCUGCAGAGCCCUAAAAACUCACUGAGCCGACCCCCGCGCCAGCUCCAAAACCGCCAGCUUGGAUCCCACAACAAGGUCAGGGCCACCGUGGCUCCGCUGCCCUCUGCCGCCCCCUCCUCCUCCUCCGCCUCGGGACCUCCUCCCGCUAAGGCCUCCCGUCCCGCCCUGAGCUUCCUCAGCAGCGGCAGGCGCCGGGCCCCGACCCCAACUCCAGGCGAAGAAGACAACGAUGACAAUGACUGUGUGCUUAUACAGUAAGAACGAUGUGCGGUGAGUGGAAAACACAGGAGGUCAGAGAGGAAGAGAGGACUCCACUUCAGAGGGGUUUCCCUGCAUUUACAGGAAAACUUACUCACAUGGACACAAAUGAUUAAUUGGGCUCAUUAUAAACCUCAAACACAGUGUGAACUCGUUUAUCAGCCAAACACUCAGGGUGGUUCAUUCGUUACUUAGUCAAAUUCACAAGUUUACAUGUGUGUAAAUGUGAAAGUGUAGUUAAAAAAGGGGAAAAGAAAAGAAAAGGAAAGUUUCAGCUCACCACCCUGCGUGUAGACUGCUGAGACAGCAAACCUGAAAAUUGCGCCCCAUAAACUGUAAAAAAAAAAA